CUGCAGCCUCGCGGUUCGCGCUGUCCAAUCACUCUGCCUUGUUCGCAUGUUAUGUAACUGGGCCUACAUGUGUGACUGAGGGGAGGAAAUCAUAAGCAACGGUCAGCGUCCGCUCUCUCUUUUCAGGCAAGCAGGAGGAGCACUGGGUCUGCAGGCAGGAGUCAGGAUGAAGAUUGCAGUGAUUGGUCAGAGUCUCUUCGGCCAGGAGGUGUAUAAGGAGCUGAGGAAGGAGGGUCACACCAUCGUAGGAGUCUUCACCAUCCCUGACAAGGAUGGCAAGGCUGACCCACUGGCCACUGAGGCAGAGAAAGAUGGUGUAGCUGUCUUCAAGUUCCCCCGCUGGCGUGUAAAGGGCCAGGCGAUCCCAGAGGUGGUGGCUCAGUACAAGGCCACAGGUGCUGAGCUCAACGUCCUGCCCUUCUGCUCCCAGUUCAUCCCUAUGGAGGUCAUCGACCACCCCAAACAUGGCUCCAUCAUCUACCACCCCUCCCUCCUGCCUCGCCACAGGGGUGCAUCUGCAAUCAACUGGACCCUGAUCCACGGUGACAAAAAAGGUGGGUUCACAGUGUUCUGGGCUGAUGACGGACUGGACACUGGACCAAUCCUGCUGCAGAGGGAGUGUGAUGUUGAACCUGAUGACACUGUUAACACAAUCUACAAGAGAUUUCUCUUUCCAGAAGGAAUCAAAGGCACAGUGGAAGCAGUGAAAUUGAUUGCAGAAGGAAAGGCCCCAAGACUUACCCAGCCAGAGGAGGGAGCUACAUAUGAGUGCAUCCAGAAGAAGGAAAAUGCUAAGAUUGAGUGGAACCAGACGGCUGAGGCUCUCCACAACUGGAUCAGAGGAAAUGAUAAAGUGCCUGGUGCUUGGGCAGAGAUUGAUGGACAGAAAGUGACUUUCUAUGGCUCCACUCUGCUGGAUAAAGGCAGCACAGCUAAUGGUCAGCCCCUGGAGAUCCCUGGAGCCAGUCAACCCGGCAUUGUCACCAAGGCAGGCCUGGUGUUGUUUGGCAAUGAUGGCAAAGCACUGUUGGUGAAGAAUCUACAAUUUGAGGAUGGGAAGAUGAUUGCUGCUGCACAGUACUUCAGUUCAGGGAGCAGUGCUGCUGUGGAGCUCACUGAAGAGGAGAAAACCUUUGCAGAACAGAUGAGGGCAGUGUGGCAGAGCAUUCUGACCAAUGUGAGUCAUAUUGAAGACACCACUGAUUUCUUCAAGUCUGGUGCCGCUUCAAUGGAUGUGGUCAGGCUUGUAGAGGAGGUGAAGCUUCGGGCCAGUAGCUGCCAGCUGCAGAAUGAAGACGUUUACAUGAAUACCACAUUCCAGGAUUUCAUCCAGAUGUGUGUCAGAAAGCUCAGAGGGGAGGACAAUGAAGAGGAAUUGGUUGUUGACUAUGUGGAGAAGAACAUCAACAACAUGACCAUAAAAAUGCCUCAUCAGCUGUUCAUCAAUGGAGAGUUUGUUGAUGCAGAGGGAGGAAAGACCUACAAGACCAUCAACCCCACUGACGGCACAGCCAUCUGUGAUGUUUCUCUGGCCCAGAUAAGUGAUGUGGACAAGGCAGUGGCUGCUGCCAAGGAGGCCUUUGAAGAGGGAGAAUGGGGCAAAAUGAACCCAAGAGACAGAGGCAGACUCAUCUACAAGCUGGCUGACCUAAUGGAGCAGCACCAGGAGGAACUGGCCACUAUUGAAGCCAUUGACUCUGGAGCUGUUUAUACACUGGCACUCAAGACUCACGUGGGCAUGUCCAUCCAGACAUUCCGCUACUUUGCUGGCUGGUGUGACAAGAUCCAAGGCAGCACCAUCCCCAUUAACCAGGCCAGACCCAAUCGUAACCUCACCUUCACCAAGAAGGAACCAAUAGGAGUGUGUGCCAUUGUGAUUCCCUGGAACUACCCUCUGAUGAUGCUAGCCUGGAAGACAGCAGCCUGCCUGGCAGCUGGUAAUACAGUAGUCCUCAAACCUGCUCAGGUGACUCCACUGACAGCUAUGAAGUUCGCCGAGUUAGCAGCAAGGGCGGGACUACCCAAGGGUGUCAUUAAUAUUCUACCUGGAUCAGGCGCUCUGGUGGGUCAGCGUCUGUCUGAUCAUCCUGAUGUCCGUAAACUGGGCUUCACGGGUUCAACUGAAAUCGGUAAACACAUCAUGAAGAGCUGUGCAAUCAGUAAUGUGAAGAAAGUCUCUCUGGAGCUUGGAGGAAAAUCCCCUCUCAUCAUCUUCAGUGAUUGUGACAUGGACAAGGCUGUGCGCAUGGGCAUGAGCUCAGUGUUCUUCAACAAGGGAGAGAACUGCAUUGCAGCUGGCAGACUGUUUGUGGAAGACUCCAUUCAUGACCAGUUUGUGAAAAAAGUGGUUGAGGAGAUCAAGAAGAUGAAGAUUGGUGAUCCACUGGACCGCUCCACCGACCAUGGCCCUCAGAACCACAAAGCUCACUUGGACAAACUGGUGGAAUAUUGUGAAACUGGGGUCAAAGAGGGAGCCACCUUGGUCUGUGGUGGCAAACAGAUAAAGCGACCAGGUUUCUUCUUUGAACCCACCGUGUUUACUGAUGUCGAAGACCACAUGUACAUCGCUAAAGAGGAGUCAUUUGGCCCGGUCAUGAUCAUUUCCAAGUUCAAAGGCAGCGAAGUAGAUGAUGUCCUGAGAAGGGCCAAUGCUACAGAGUACGGUCUGGCUUCAGGUGUUUUCACACGCGACAUCAGCAAAGCCCUGUAUGUCAGUGAAAGGCUUAAUGCCGGCACAGUUUUUGUCAACACUUACAACAAGACUGAUGUGGCUUCACCUUUCGGAGGCUUUAAGCAGUCUGGAUUUGGCAAAGACCUAGGACAAGAGGCUCUCAAUGAAUACCUGAAAACAAAGGCAGUGACCAUUGAGUAUUAAGCCACAUUACAGAGGACCCUAGCAUCAGCUUCGUGCAUGCAGUGAUGCAUGACAGAAGAGAUACGUAGAGUGAUGCACAGGGUCAUCUGGAUGAAGAGAUGUCAUCACACUGAAAUCAGCUCCGACUUAAAGUCAUGUCCCAAGAGUUGGUCUCUCACUAGUGACUACUGUGCGUUAGCUAGGUGCCUUAACAUACUAAUUGAUUACAUAAAGACCUUAAAUUUGUCUAACACAUCAAUAUCCAGCCCUCUCAAAAACACACACCUGAGCCAUGUUGUAGUAAAUAUUGUCCUGAAAUAUGCAAAUGAAAUAUGCAAAUGAAGUAUGUUUCUAGAUAGCCCAAGUAACUUCUGAGAUUGUUUUGUUAUCAGUGUGUUAUCAGUGUGAUUGAAUUACCAGGUAGGAUUUUAAACAGAUUGCAUUAAUUUCUUAUGGCUUACAUCAAGUCAGAAAAAUCUUAAGAGAUAUAACAUUUCUAAUUAUUUUUAUCAAUGAAAACUGCUGAGCACCCCA